GACUGGCAAGUGAGGUACCAGCAGGACACCCCAGUCGCCCCACGCUUUGAUGUCAAUGCCCCUGAUCUCUAUAUUCCAGUGAUGGCCUUCAUCACCUACAUCCUCGUUGCUGGUUUGGCGCUGGGCACCCAAAACAGAUUCUCCCCUGACAGCCUGGGUUUGCAGGCAAGCUCAGCGCUGGCCUGGCUCAUCGUGGAGGUGCUGGCUGCGCUCCUCAGCCUCUACCUGGUCACUGUCAACACUGACCUCACCACCAUCGACCUCUUCGCCUUUGCUGGCUACAAAUAUGUGGGGAUGAUCAUUGGCCUCAUUGCUGGGCUUCUCUUCGGCCGGAGCGGUUACUACGUGGUGUUGAGCUGGUGCUGCCUCAGCAUCUUUGUCUUCAUGAUCAGGACCCUGCGGCUGAAGCUGUUGUCUGAAGCGGCGGCCGAGGGGCUGCUGGUGCGAGGGGCCAAGAGCCAGCUGCGGAUGUACUUGACCAUGGCCAUUGCUGCCACCCAGCCUCUCUUUAUGUACUGGCUUACCUAUCACCUCCUCAGGUGA